GCCGCUGCUCACAACCAAGAUUAUAGUAGUGCCAUGGGAGAUGGUGGUGCUGCUGUUGGCUUUGGAUACGGAGCCACAACCCCAGCGACGGGGUACCAAAGUGUGCGGUACACUUCUCCUCCGUUCAGCGGGAAAUCGAAAGAUUUCAACGAAUGGCUAAAUGAUUUCCGCAUGGCAGCUAAUGGCGCAAACCUGUUGGAACAAUUUGAAGAGAGCGGGAGCUUGGAGAUCCCCGUCAACAGCGGAAAGAGCAAGUUUUCGCUGUCACAGCAGUACCUGAGCGAUCAAGUAGAGCUCGCAAUACUUCCUGUCUCACGCGUUGAACGAAGAAGAUCGGAAAAUCACGAAGAGGCCCGAAACGCCCCAGGGAGCUCUUCGUGAGCUCAAGACCAUACACGACCCUGAAUCAUCUGUACAGCCGUCAGAGGACCUCAAGUCCCUGACGUCGACCAAGAUCUCUAGAGGUGAAAACCCCCAAAACGCCCUAAAUGAGAUGCUCCAAACCGCAAAGUCCUUAACCGAGAAAGGACUAACUGUCAACGAAACGUUCGUCCUUCACCUCUUCCUGGAUGCCCUUUCGGACGAGUAUGCCAUGACAAAGCACAACCUGCGACACGCGAAGGAGUUGACGCGGACCGGUGUGCUAAAGGAAGUAAUGAUCGAAUACAAGGCGAUCAAGGACAAGCUGGAGCAGGGGAAAGGAAAAGGGGCGAAGGGCGCAGAGCAAGCGUACUUCGCCGACGGUGAGGGCCGCAGGGAGCGGUACUCAAGUAGGAGUCAGGGGCAAGGUCGUGGUCGUGGCGGCGGUCGCGGCGGCCGCUCAGGCGGAUCCGGAGGAGUCGAGGAGAGCAAGGGAAGCAGCAGUGGAGGCGUCGAUGGCGGGGGUGGCGGGGACUAUAAGUUCCGGGCCGGACUUCGUGCCGUGAUGUGCGCGCUACGAGGGGUGGGGCCACACCAAAGAAAGUGCGCGACAGAGGAGGCCGUCCUAGCGCAAGUGGUGGAGCAUGAGAGCGACGUGGACUCCGUGGAAGACCAGGCGUUUUGUGCCGUGGCAGUCCCCCCAGGCGAGUGUGGUACCGUUGGUGAAGUAGGUCUAGUGGGGGUUGUGGAACAAGGCCAGGCGGUGUACGUGGCCGACACAGCGGCCACGUGCUCCAUGUUCCGAUGUGCAGACAACUUCGUGAACUACCGUGAGCGUAGCGGUUGGUUGAAGGGGAUCGGAGGCGACAAGGCCUUCGUUCCUCUUCUAGGAUACGGAGAUGUGACCUUAGUCCUACAGACGGAAGAUGGUGGAGUACCCGUAUCAGUACUGAAUGCUGUUCAUGUACCAGAGGCCCCCUACAACCUCCUCUCGCUGUCUUCGUUGGCGGAGGAGGGCCACACGUAUUCGGGGAUGAAGGGGGGCCUCACGCUGACCACGAAAGCCGGGGGGGAGGUGUGGUUCCCCCGGACUGGAAAGCUGCUGACCCAACGAGGCUAUCAAAUAAAGCCAACGCUACACACCGCCUGUGCCGCACUCAUUGUUCCUGGCGAUGCGAAAGCAGCCAACCCCACUGACCUCAACGAGUACCACCUCGCGCACGGCCAUGCCCACGAGACAUUGCUCAGGAUCACGGCGGAGCAGCAGGGAGUGCAGCUGACGGAUGGACCGCUGCUACCCUAUCUUGGCUGUUCGAUGUCCAAGGGACAGGUGAAACCCGUCCAGAAGAGCACGAGCACACGCGCACUGCUACCUCUCGCAGAUGACGAGGAGGGCGGGGAGGGCGAGAGCAGAGCGGAUGCAUCACGCCAAGGUCGGGGAGGGGAGAGAGACUCACAUAUCCCAUACAACCCUGAAUCUGUGAGGGGGGCCGGGUUACCCGGCAAGCGACCCCGUUUGUGCGCGAGGAGGCGCCGACGGCACCCGGCAACGGGAUUCCGGGGGACGGAGGCAGCGUUCCCCCGUCGCCCCCUUCGGGAAGGGGCGACUUCGGCG